AACUGUUAGACCCAGCCAGCCAAUUAGCUUUGACAAUUGAAUUGGAGUUGCAAGCGCCUUUUUUUUGAGUAUAGUGAAGUCCGUAUUGACAAUUUUUCACAUCUGCAUCGCUAAAACCCUUCACUAGCCGCCCAACUAACUACCGGUAUUCAUCGACCAACGAUCCUUUUCUUUUCCGUUAUCUAUAUCAAUCUGAUACUUUUUCAUCAUCAAUUUUGUUUGGGUUUUGUUGUAUUGGUGAGUUUAUUAAUUUAUUUGACUUAAUUAAUCACUUUUGUUUUGUUUUCAUUGAAAGAAAAGAUCCAACACUGAUCAUAGGAGUUUGAAUCUUGAGAGUUAAAUCAGAUGACAAUGGAUAGUAAUGGAGUCAGUCAAAUCAUAAAUGCCUUGGAGGUUGUUUAUGCUCCUUCGUCAACUAAUAUUCAAAGACGAGAAGCACAAUCUUUUCUUGAAACGAUUAAAUCCAAUGAAGAAUCUCCAUUUUGGGGUUAUCAGUUAUCAUUACCAGAAAAUAACGGUAAGAAUUUUAUUGUAAGACAUUUUGGAUUAUCAUUAUUACAAAAUUCAAUAAAUAAAAAAUUUCAUACUUUUGAUCAAACAAAAUCACUAACAAUUAGAAAAUGGGUUGUUGAUUUAUGUUCUAAAGUUGAUGAGGCUGAUCCCCAUUAUAUAAAAGAAAAACUUGCCCUAUUAUUUGUGUCAAUAGCUAAAAGAAUUUGGGGUAAUUAUUUGGUGAAAUCUUUAACUUCUGAUUCUAAAAAUAAUGAUGAUACAGUAAAUGAUGAUGAUUCAUUAAGUGGUUGGACUUCUUUGGAUUGCGAUUUAUGGAAUUUUUGGAAUUCAACCAUGACCAGUCGUGAAUUAUCUUUAAUAAUCAUUCGAACUUUAUUUGAAGAUAUUUAUCUAUUAGAUGACCCAAUUGCUUCUAAAAGAACAGCUCUCCUUAAUCAACUUAGUGUUUUGAUUGUUACCCCUGAUAAUGUCUUGAAUCAAUUAUAUGAACCAAAUCCAAAAUUAUCCUUAUGUAAAUUUUCAACUGAUGGUUGGUUUGUUAAUUGGAGUAAAUUCUUAAUUGAAAUUUUAUCAAAUAAUGAUUUUAAAUCUUCAACUUGUCAAAUAUUUGUUCCUAAAAUUUUAUCAACUUUUAAAACUUGUUUGCAUUGGAUUCAACCUUCCUUAUUAAAAGAUGAAAAUAUAUUAUCAACUUUAAUAAACAUAUUAACUAUUCCCGAUGUUAAAUUGAAAACUUUGGCAGUUGACUGUUUACAUAUCUUAUUCACAAGAAGUUAUAAUAAUGAAGAUGAUUUUGAAUUCUUCAUUGGUAAUAUAUAUACAACUGAAGGAAUUACUAAGUUAUCUCAAUUUUAUCAAUCUUUGGAAAUAGAUCCUGAAGAUGUUGAUGAACAAGUUUACUCAUUAUUGAAAAAAACCGUCGAAAUGAUUGUUUCUCUAAGUGAAUAUCUAAAUGUUUCUUUACCUUCCAAAAAUAAAAUUUCAUGGGAAACUGCAGAUGUUGAAAGUUAUUUAAAUUUAGUCCUAAGUACAACAGGCCAUCCAAGUUUAAUAAUAUCAGGAUUAUCUCUACAAAUGUGGGUAACCAUAUUACGUUUUGAUGAGCUAAGCUCAAAACCAAUAAUUCAAAAAAUAUUACUUAAUUUAUUAGAAAUCGCUGCAAAUAGAACAAUAAAUUAUAGUAACGUGGAUGAUGAAAAUAUAUCCAAAAAAUUUUUAGAAGUUGAUUUUGAUUCAACUCCAGAUGCUAACUCGUUCCUUUCAAACUAUAGAAAAUUUAAUGAAGAUAUUGUCAGGAUCACUAUCUGCAAAAAACCCGAAGACGGAUUAAUGUGGCUAGAAAAUAGACUUCAAAAUUUCUUUUCAUCUCCUUUAGGAGAACAAUGUAUUAAUUCAUAUAAAUUAGAUGAAAAAUCAGAUGCAUUGAAUUAUGGGAACUCUCAAUUUAAUAUCAUUGAAAAUAGCAUAAGAGGUAUUUCGAGGUGGAGAAUCUGGUAUACGGGUGAUGAUUUUGAUUUAAUUAACGAUCGUCUAAAUAAAUUGGUUGAAAGCUUAGGUGAAAGAUUAUUGGCAAUGAGAUUAUCAUGUCCUUUACUUAUCAGAAAACAAGUUCAAACAUUGGUUCAAUUUGCUCCAUUAUUGAAAGAUGUCAGUCCUCUCAUGUUUCAAGUUCUUGAAAAAAUCUUAACAACUGCUACUUUCGAAUACCCUGCGAAUAUUUCAGAUGAAGAAAAAGAAUUAAUUCGUGACUUGAGGACAAGCUGUGGUACUGAAUUGAAUCGUCUUGCUUAUAUUAUGCCAGAAUCUUUGAAGAAAAUUUUCAAAGAUUUAGAAAAUGUUGUUGCAAAUAUUUUAUCGUCUAAUAAAGUGAGUGAUCAUGAAAAUGUUGCCUUUAAAUCAUUUUUAUUGGUGAUCGCAUCAAGAUCUUCAAUUGAUGAUAAGGAUGAAUUAUUUGCAUCAAUUGUUGAUCCAGAAUUACUGGCUUGGUCAGCACCAGAAACUGAAAAAGGUCUUAUGGACUUGCAUUGGUUCAUGGAAAGAAUGGGUAUAGUUGAAAUUGCAUCAUAUUUUCAAAGUCGUAAUAUAACGGGAAGCACUAAUUUGCUAGAAGCAAAAAUGGACGAAGAAGGCAAAAUUUUGAAAAAUAGAUUGAAGGAUCAUUGGUCUUCUAUUUUCCCAAUAAGAGCAACAAGAAUAUUUAUUCAAUAUAGUAUAGAAAAAUUAAGUCAUGAUUCUUCAGAAUAUCUUAAUUUAUUAAAAUUAUGGAAACCUAGAGUUCAACCCAUUAUACCUCAUAUUUUACAGUUAUUGAGUCAAAUUCAAGCUUAUCAUAAUCCGGAAAAUUGGAAAGAUUUACCGGAUGCCGUACAAUCAUUUGUUAGAUAUAGUUGCAUGGAAAGAUUUUGGCAACAAGGUGUUUCAAUUCAAAGUAAAGAGACGUUUAUCGAAGAGAAUGUGAAAGCAGCUCUUACAUUACGAGAUUUUGCCGACUCUGUGGGACAUUUAAUUCGUUAUACCAGAGAAUAUGCCUUUUUAACUAUUGGUUCAUUAUCACAAUUAGAAGAUACUUUAUAUGAGAUUCCUGGAAUUGCACAGAUGCUUUGGAAGUCUGUUGCAGGUGAUACAAGUGGUGUCACUUUACAUAGCUGGAAGCAUAUGAUCAAUAGCUGUUUAAGGAGCAUUGUAAGAAACUGCCCAGUCAAAUUUGUUGAUAUCUUCAUGGCAGAGUUAUUACCUAAAGCCUUCGUUGAUAUUGACCAAUUAAUUGUUGGUAGAUGGGAAAAAGUUUAUGUGAAUGGUUUACAAUUACAAGGUAACGAAGAUGAUGAAACAUUAUCAGAAGAAAUGAUGGAAGAACAUAUGUUAAGACAAUUAACUGCUACUGUUGUAAGAUUGUUAAUGGAUGUCGUUAGUCAGAUUAAUGCUAAGAAUGUAACUGACACUCAAUUUGCCUGUAAAAGGUUAAUCAUUGAAAAUAAGGAAGUAAUGGCGCCUUUCUUGCAAAUUUGUUGUCAUAUCAUUUCAUUCAAAGACACUAAAUGCUCAUUCAAUACCAUUUUAGUCGUGAGAAAUAUCCUUUCCGAUAUAUUAUUGAAAGAUGAUGAAGUUGAUAAAUACUUAUGUGAUAAUUUAAUCAAGUCAUUGCUUCAUGUAUUGACAGAUGACUAUUUUGUUGAAACUCAUUCCGAAGCAGCCAUUGCCUUAACUACUUUAUAUUGUACUUUAAGAUCUAAAAACGAUUAUCCUGCUAGGGUUUUAAUUCAAUAUUUACCAAAUAUUACCACUCAACAUGUCAGUAAUUUCGAGACCUUAUUGGUAAGUUCCAAGUCUUUGAAACAUCAAAGAUCAGCAUUACUCGAGCUUAUCAAGAUCUCAAAAGAAAACUUGAAUGGCGGUGGCGCAUCUGCUGAUUCUGAAUUGAAAGAUAGAAAAAAACAAUUAGAAGCAGCUGCAAUAGCUAGAAAGAAGAAGAAUGCGGCCAUUGAUAUAAUGAACGAUCCAUACACUGAAAAUGGUGCUUUGAAUAACUUGUUCGGAGAUGAAAGCUGAAGCUUCCCUCUCCUGAACAUGUCCUUUUGCUUUUGAUUUGCCUACAGCCAUAUCGGUCUCAACACCUCCCCCUGUUCUUGUUCAACUUGUAAGUCAUAUAUAUAUAUAU